CUGGCAGGGAUGCUACUACACGAUAUAUUGACGGUUUUUGGGCUACUCUUUAGGACAGAUUUAAAAAGAUGGCAAGAAAAACCCGGCAAUCUUGAUAUAGAAAGUGCUAAAGUUUUUGUUCCAGCAAUUAAUAAGAACACAGAAAAUUGUGUCACAGUUUCCACUAAACAGUCAGUCAUACGUCAUCACUUGGUAAAAUCGAAAACAAUUCGAAAUUUCGAAUCCCACGAGUGUAUCGGCAAAAUCGAGAAUUGAAAAUGGCCAACGUUGAAUUCUUCAAAUCUCCUUACGGAAUGUUCAGAAUCUUUGAGUUGAUAUUGUCAAUUAGUGGGACCGUUGCUAUUUCAAACUCUUUCUACUGCGGUAAUGUUUUCAGAGCAGAGUUCUACGAAUCCACUUGUAUCGCUGCUGUGAUCUUUAUUGUAAUCUUUGUAAUACUCUAUUUUUCCAAAAUGAUCGAUUAUUUUUCCCAAUAUUUCAACGUGGGAAUAUUGAUGUUUAUCAUCGAUCUCCUUUUUACUAUCUUGUUUGCAAUUUCUGGAAUUUACAUGAUAUUCAGCAUUGCCAAGUGUACUGGACUUAGAAUAGCAAGAAUUUUUACUGCUAUUCUAGCAAUGCUGACUUGCGCAUGUUUUUUUACUUCUACAUCUUUCGACUUUCGUUGGUUUCAAGGAAGUCAACCUUUCUAAAGCUUGUUCUUUGUAUUCCUAUUCAGCAAAGAUACGCUUAUGUAAAAAUUGUUGUUUUUUCGUUAUUUUAGUGUACAAUCAGUAUCUUAUUAAUUCACAAAAUCUUUAAUUCAAUUAAUUUUAAUUGUUUAUGUAUGGAUUAUUUAAUAAUUUUAAAGAAAUCUUCUAAAUAAAAUGUAACCUUGAAUAUUCAAUUUCGCAUUUAUAUGUAUUA